AUGAACAAUGAUCAUGAUUGCAAUCCUCUAUCGUUUUUGAAGAAAAGCGGUGAUUCAAGUGGAAGUCUGAAAGGCUCCGAUGGCGAGAGUCUAGCCGAUCUUGCUUUCGUUGAAGGCAAAAGAGUUAAAUGGACACUCAAGCUUGGCGAUGAUAAGCAGUUCUACCUUCAUCUGAAAGACAUUGAAUACGCUGACACUUCGGAAAGAGAUUCGCUUUUAUCCCUUCUGACACCAAAACUCGAUCGUUCUCCUUCUGACGCGUUCAAGUUUUUCGAACUUCCACCAGAACUGCAGCUUCAAAUACUGCAUGAAUGA